AUGCCUUUGCGGAUGCUACUAAGGUUGGUAUCACAGUUUCAAUCAUCUUCAUUGUGUGUAUGUAUUAAGAAGUAGUUGAAAAUAUAGCUUUCGUGCCCGUAUAUAUCCGAUCCGAUCCCUCUCUACGAUGACAUUUGAUAUAAACAUGAUCAAACAUGUUGCUAAAAUUUCAUCAUUAGUAGAAAAUGAAGUAUUAUACUUUAUUUCAACAAACAUAACAUUUACUUAUCACCAAGAUCAUUCAAGAGAGGUGUUUUUCUCUUUCCCCAAACAGCCAAAUUGUGGCAAUUCAAGGCUUCAAGCUGACUCAACCAAUAAAUCCCAUAUAUUAUGGUAUUCAUACAGUUAUUAUUAUAACUGCUUUCAGCCUGAAAGAUAGUCAAGUGAUGAAUGCUAGAUUGGGGCUGUGUUCGUUUUGAUACAACCAUCCUAGGCCUUGCUCUUCUUGUCACAGUCAUGCUUUACAAAUUGUUGCAUGAGUAGCUAGGUGAAGCGUAAUCGUCCGAGUGAGCGUAGUCCUGAAGUGACUAUUGCUGACAGGGACUGACGUUUUGACAACCUGUGCAGUAGUCAUCUUCAGAGUCAAAGUGAGUUGUAUCAAGUUAGUUGAUGGUAUUGAAAUCUGGUUAUUGACCAGUGGUCAAUGAAGUCACGACCUGGCGGGGGGUACUCCCGCGAAUUUUGGAUAGGGGUGUGCCGCGAAGGUUCGUUAACCCUAACCCUAUUUAAGGACUAAGAAAUCGAAAAAUGAUACCCUUUUGAAGGCCGAAAGUCAAAAAAUGACACCCUAUUCAAGGAAAAAACAAACUUAUUAAUAGCAUGAAAAGGAAAACUUUAUUUCUUCUCCUUAACAUUGGACAUAUAGCAUCAAGCAUAAAAUACUAGAAUAAGCCUAGUUUAAAAAAAAUGUUCGUUUAGGCGGGCGUUUUCACACUCCAGUAUUAGAUAAUGCAAUUAAGCUACCCUAUCUAAGGACCACACCAGGGACACAGAAACAAAAGGGUAAAAAAAGAUACCCUAUUUAAGGACCGAGAACCUCAAAAACCAUACCCUAUUCCGCGGCACGUACCUAUACAGCCCAUAUAAGGGAGUACCUCCCCCCCGCCCCCGGGAGUCACGAUGUUAUUGGUCCACUGUCUGUUAUGCUGUGAUAUUAUUGGCUAUGAAGACUCUUAAAUGCCAUUGGUGCGUUUUGAUCCAUCUAUUUGUCACAGUUUAACAGUUGUUUAUUGUUAGUCAAAUUGUCAAUUAUUCAAUCAUUCUGCCAUUGUCAGUUUUGCUUGUCGAGUGAGUCUGUCAAUGUCGUUCAUACAAUGCUGGUAACAACAGUACUUUGCAGGACUACAAUCAGCCGGCAGUCAUGCGCCACCUACUUAUGAAAUUACUACCAGGUUCAAACCUUUCACAAAUUGUUUUUUAGCAUAAGAACAAUGUAAUUUGUACAAGAAAGCAGGAAGGGUUUUUUCUCAAAGCAAGGCCAAUUUAAGUGCCACUUCCUCUUACAACUAUAAAUGUCGUUCAUACAGUGCUGGUAACAACAGUACUUUGCAGGACUACAAUCAGCCGGCAGUCAUGCGCCACCUACUUAUGAAAUUACUCCCAAGUUCAAACCUUUCACAAAUUGUUUUUUAACAUAAGAACAAUGUAAUUUGUACAAGAAAGCAGGAAGGGUUUUAUCAAAGCAAGGCCAAUUUAAGUGCCACUUCCUCUUACAACUAUAAAUAACCAUUGACAAAGAAAUUAGGGUACAUUUAUGCCAGUCAGAGGCGGUUGUGGGCUUAUAAAAUUUGUGCGAUUCAGGGUAUUUUUUGGAGAACAUGGGCUUAAAAACUUACCUUUGAAUUGACAUAAUGGCAAGAUUACCCAGCUUUAUAUGACAUGCAUCAGUAUUUUUAAGUUGUAUGACUUGUGUGUAAAUCUCUGUAAUUUUAUAUACAUGCACAUGGCAGAGGAAAGAAAAAUAAUCUUCUUACAUUCCUCUUCUUUUGCACUGUUACAUGAAUGUUACACGGUGUAAAACUGACUCCUUGUAAUUUUUUUUUUGGUAUUAUAGUUAUCUGGCCAAUGAACAACUCGUUGAAAGAGUAAGUUAAUAAUUUUGUUGAUCAUUUUUUUUACUGUAUACAAUAGGCAUUAAUUAACAGUUAAUGAAUGAGGCUGAGUAUCUUAUGAAGAAUUAUGGAGAUCGAGGAGGGUGUUAUACAGCCUUGGCGGAUAACACCCUCCGAGAUCUCCAUAAUUCUUCAUAUGAUACGAAAGCCGAAUUCAAUAACUAUUUUUUCAUUCAUUCAAAAUAAUUCCUAGUUUAAAAACAUAGCUAAAACAUGCUUACCUCCAUCGAUCCAUCGAUGUUCAGUUCAUCUUCGAUAGUGUACGUUUAGGUUUGUCCAGCUCCACAAAUAUUCUUCAAAUAGCAGAUGUCACCCUUCGAGUUGUCCUCUUGCUGUUCUUGCCAUGUUUUUAGCUUUUUUUUUGCCUAGUUCUUACUCUUGAAACGAGUGAAAUGUCCGCCAUUUUUUCAAGUUCACAACCAAAACAACGCAACCUCGUUCCCAGGUCUUCUUGGUUAACGGUGCCUUAACCUGCGAAAACACUGCAUUUUUGACGUCAUUUCCUCGUUAAAGUCAAAAUUCUUCCAAAUUUGGUCAUCAGUAACUGGUUAUGGUGAAUUAAACUUGUGCUUUUAGCCAAUCAGAAUCGGGAAAAUAUAUUGAAUGAAUAAUAAUCGUCUUUAACUUUGCAAUGGAAAGGCUUUUCUUAGUUGUUAUGAUGAAUAGGGAAAUAAAUGGGAAACCAUUGUUCCAAAACGGCUCAAUUCACCCAAUAAACCCAUCCACAGGGUCUUUCUGUUGUCCAAUAUGGUGGUAGCAGGAGAGAAGUAUUCGGCCACCAAAUUAAAGGUCUCAAAAUAUUUCACACUGUGUACAGUAAUUAGCUUUUAUUGAGUUUUUAAGUGGAAACACUUGUUCCCUGAAAAAAGCAACAUAUAGAAUCUAAAAUAAUUGACAACUGAUCAGGAGAAUGUUCAUCAAAUUAGGCAAAUACUAGUAUGAGCAAUAAAUUAUUAAUGUGUACAUAAUGGCAUGAUAAAAAGUGUUCUCGUUAUCAGGCAGUAACCAGUAAAAUUUACCUGAAGCAACAAAAGGUAACAAUGCUGUCUUAAAAUGAGGGAAUGACGCUUCAGAGAGCUAGCUCCUAAAUUGCUCAGCAAGGGGAGGGCUGUGUCCCUCACUCCACUAUACCUCAGGAAAGUGCACCUCUGGCACAUAUUUUUUGCCUUGUUGGCCAUGAAUGGUCCCUUACCUGCUUAGCUAAAAUUUUGGGAGACCACUGGAAAAAUGCACAUGUCAAAUUAAAAAGAGAGGGAGAAAAAGGGGAAACUAAGUAACGUUGUAAAAUAUUUGGUGGGGGUAUUGUGGGUAGUGGAUUUCAAGUCCAUGACCCCAAGAGGCUAAUUUAUUAUGGGUCAAAACUUAUCCUUUAACUGUUAGCUUUUGUGUGAGAGACAAAAGCAAAAAAAAAAUUGAAGAGGGUGCCUAAAAAAGACCUUAACCAUGUCUCAAGUUGAUUUUGUCUCAAAUUAUAACAGCUUAAGCAAACACAAGUGUACUAAUUUGGAAGGAGCAUCUUAGAAAGUCACUUAGGUCCGUUUUCUGAAACCCUUUCAAUUUUAGACUGAAAUUAUUAAAACAUGUAUACUAAGCAUACUGUAGUACAAUCAGUAAUAAUAGGCUGAUUUAGCAACAGAACGAGAACGUCAGUUGAUGAUGGCGCGCGCAAACUAAACAACUGGCUUGACCAAUGGCAGAGCGGCAAAUUGGACACCGGAAGUCGUGUUUAGUCCUUCCCGUGUGCUUUCCCGUCGUCAAAUGACAUUCCCGUCCAGUUGCUAAAUCAGCCUAAUAAAUUAAAUUGAAUCAUUUUGGUUUAUCUUCAGCUUGCUAACUCAUACCCCAUCCGUCGUCUGGCUCAGCUUACCCAUUACACCUACAGACGAAUGACACUAUGGGGUACGUAAGUUCAGAUUCCUCAUUCAUAGCAGCUUCAUUUAGGCCCUCAUGGCAGUUACUCAAGCUGUGACAGUUUUGGUUUUUAUUUUUGACUUCUGAUAGUCAGUUGCUUGUUGAAGCAUUUAACAAGAAAAAUUAAACUUAAAAAUGUUACUUGACCUUUCGAUGUAUCACACAUUAUCAAGAGUGAAAAAUGUUAAGUUUAAAAGUAAUUUGUUUAAAGAGCUGAAGAUUGAAUAAAUUAGAUUGUAUUUGCGCAUGCUUCAUUGAAUGUGCAACUGGAUUAGUUUGGCGCUAACCUUUUCUAUUACGAAAUCUACAUAACAAUAAAGCAUGCAUGAAAACAAUCUAAUUUAUUCAAACUUCAGCCCUUUAAACAACUUUUGCUUGACCCUUGUUGUUUGAUCCUUUAUAUUGCAAGAGUGACCAACAUCACUUUUCUCCUAACAAUACCAAUACAUGAUUAAAAGAAAAGGUUGUGAGAAUAAAUAAAAUCAUCACUUAAAGGAUAAUGCUUUGAUUUUUGAACAAAUUCUCUCAACUCAUUCUUUAAGGAAAUGUAUGGAGAUCAGUUUGGAGAAUUUGUAUGUGGAUAUUGGGGCUUAAAGGGUUAUUUUUUUUUUUUUUUUUUUUCAGGUAAUGAUGCCUUGGAUAAAGCUGUUAAGUCAAGCGAGGCAAAUGAAAACUUUCAAAGAUAUCCUCAAGCUACUGGGAGGCUUGUUUCCUUUACAAGAAAUUUCCUGAAAAACAUUCAAAAUGAGAUUGAAAAGAGCCAGCGAGGACCAAGAUAA